AUGCCUCCUUUCAUGGCACUAUAUGGUUAUGAGGCCCCUAGAUUUUUUGAUUUGAUGUUUGGUGAUAGCAGAGCCCCUCAAGCUAGGAAUAUGGUGCAGCAGUGUUGGGAUAUUUUGAUGGCUUUGAAGAACAACCUCCAAUUUGCACAGAAUCAACAGAAGUUGUACAUUGAUCAACAACAAUCAUUUGAGGUUAGAGACAUGGUCUACCUAAGACUUCAACCUUAUAGACAAUCUUCUCUCAACAAGAGUGGAGUAGAGAAUCUCAAGCCACGUUUCUAUGGACCAUUUAGAGUCACCAAGAAGGUUGGUGCAGUGGCUUACGAGUUGGAGCCACCAGAGAGUAGCAGAGUUCAUAAUUUCUUCCACGUGUCUCGCCUCAAGAAGGCACUUGGUCACAGUGUAAUGGUCUCUUCAGAUUUACCUCACUUGGAUGAGGAAGGGCAGUUGGUGUUGAUUCUGGAAAAGAUCCUUGAUUUCAAAUUACUCUCUUUGAGGAAAAGGACAAUCAAAGAGUAUUUGGUUAAGUGGAAAAAUUUUCUGGUGGAGGAUGCUAAUUGGGAGAAUGAGGAGAUUCUGCAGCAUCCAGACUUCGAUUGA